UGGAUUAAGAGGCGCGUGAGGCGAUAACGGUGCCCACGUAAUGAGGCUCACCGCGUUGAUAAUUACCGCGACAACAACAACAACAUCAACAGCAUUAACAACGACAACAACAACAUGGAUGUUGUAGUGAGUGCUGCGCACUUGGACGGCGGCCGUCAACGGCGCGUUGGUGACCACGCGCUCCAGGCAGCCACGCGAACAAAGCGAUGCAGUUAACGUCAGCCACGACUGCUCUUAGUGCUGCUGCUCUUGCUGCUCUUGGUGCUGCUGCUCUUGCUGCUCUUAGUGUUGCUCUUAGUGCUGCUGCUCUUGGUGCUCUUGCUGCUGCUGUUGUUGUUGACAGUUGCAAUUCCGGUCAUUGACGAUCGUCGUCGUUAUUGUUUUCUAAUUGGGGUAACGAUGUCACCAGGCAACGCGUGCGGGGGGGUGACGCCGUGAGGGGAAGACGCGAGGCGGGCGGGGCCGUGGUCGUGGUGGUGGUCGUGGUGGUGGUGGCCGUGGUGGUGGUGGUGGUGGUCGUGGUGGUGGUGGUGGCCGUGGUGGUGGUCGUGGUGGUGGUGGCCGUGGUGGUGGUGGUCGUGGUGGUGGCCGUGGUGGUGGUCGUGGUCGCUGCUGCUGCCGCUGCGGUCAGCGCGGGGAUCGUCGUCGUCGUCGUGAGCGAGAGACGCAGCGGCGGAGACGACGACGACGAGGAGGAGGAGGCGGUGGGGGGAGGAGAAGUCGGUAGCAAGGAGUGUGGAAGAGCGACGAGCGGAGCAGUGAAGACAAGGACGGAGGCGGGGGGGGAGGAGGAGGGAGGGAGGAGGAGGAGGGCGAUACGAGGGUGGGAGGAGUGGGGAGGCGAAAGACGUCUCGAGAGAGAGAGGAGUGAGUGGCGAGUGAGUGAGAGAGGGGAGUGAGUAAGGAGUGAGUGGUGAGAGAGUGGUGAGUGAGAGAGAGAGGUGUGAGUGAGUGAGUGGCGAGUAAGUGAGAGAGAGGUGUGAGUGAGUGGUGAGUGAGAGAGGAGUGAGUGAGGAGAGAGUGGUGAGUGAGAGAGAGAGGGGCGUGAGCGAGUGGUGAGUGAGUGGUGAGUGAGUGAAUGAGGAGUGAGUGGUGAGUGAUAGAGGAGUGAGUGAGUGGUGAGUGAGGGAAGGAGGCGAGCGAGAGGGGGAGAUGAGCGGCUACGGACCCACGGGGCUGGACAUCAGCCGCAGGAACCCGCAGGAGGACUUCGAGCUGGCGGAGCGGCUGGGCAGCGGCACGUACGGCGACGUGCACAAGGCCAGAAAUGUCCAAACAGGAGAGCUGGUGGCCAUCAAAAUCAUCAAACUGGAGCCCGGAGAUGAUUUCUCGGUGAUCCAGCAAGAGAUUGUGAUGAUGAAGGAGUGCAAGCACGCCAACAUCGUCGCCUACUACGGCAGCUACCUGCGGCAUGACAAGCUUUGGAUUUGCAUGGAGCACUGCGGAGGAGGGUCCCUCCAGGAUAUUUAUCACGUGACGGGGCCCCUGACGGAGCGGCAGAUCGCGUACGUGACCCGGGAGACGCUCCAGGGCUUGGCCUACUUGCACAGCGAGGGGAAGAUGCACAGAGAUAUCAAGGGGGCGAACAUUCUGCUCACGGACGACGGAGACGUGAAGCUGGCCGACUUUGGGGUCUCCGCUCAGAUAACGGCUACGAUCGCCAAAAGGAAGUCCUUCAUCGGCACCCCUUACUGGAUGGCUCCGGAGGUGGCGGCGGUGGAGAGGAAGGGCGGCUACAACCACCAGUGCGACGUGUGGGCCGUGGGCAUCACCGCCAUCGAGCUGGCUGAGCUGCAGCCGCCCAUGUUCGACCUGCACCCCAUGAGGGCUCUCUUCUUGAUGUCUAAGAGUGGCUUCCAGCCGCCCAAACUCAGGGACAAGCAGAAGUGGUCGCCCGUCUUCCACAACUUCAUCAAGAUGGCGCUAACCAAGAACCCCAAGAAGAGGCCCACGGCGGAGAAGAUGCUGACGCACUCGUACGUCCAGCAGCCACUGAGCCGGGCACAGGCGUUGGAGUUGCUGGAGCGCGUGAGCGACCCCGAGCCGCCCACUGCGGCCCCCGACCCCGACCUCGAUGACGAUGAGUUGCAGUUCUCAGUGCCACACAGGAUCCGCUCGAUGAACCGGCAGAGGACCGAGAGGACACUGUCAGAGAUAAAUUUCGACCGGGUGAAGUUCAACCUCCCACUGCGCAAGGAGACAGAGCCCAACCACGACACGGACGUGCAGCAAGGGAGCUACGAGUGCGGGCCGCUGUGGGCCCACAACACAGGAGGCGACCUGAGCCUGCUGAGGUCCGUCGAGGAGGAGCUGAAGCAACGCGGCCACGCGGCUUGGCUAAACGAUGACGGAGAUGCGAGCCAACACAUGAGAUAUCACGAUUACUGCAACAGCCCUACAAUGAAGGUCACGACUUCCAUACAGGCGACGGACGAGAGCAACGUCGUCGUCGUCAAGGAGGAGGAGGAGGGAGACGGUGCCACCCCCGCCCCUCCCGCAGCGCCGGGCCCUCCGCGGGACGAGGCGGCCCUCGGGGCCGGGGCGGCCGGGGCCGAACCCAGGGCCACGUUCCGCCAGUUUUCUCACAUGUGGGUGCAGUACCACAACGCCCCUCAGCCCCUGGUGGCAGAGAUAAUUAAUGGCGAUGAACUCACCGGUCUGCCCGUGAUUGAAAACUCAGCCAGCAUGGAGGGGCAGCCGCAUCUGACUCCUGGUCACAAGGACAAGAAGGACCUCUCAAGCUGGUGUAACGGACUUCCUCCGACUCCCAAGGUUCACAUGGGCGCCUGCUUCUCCAAGGUGUUCAACGGGUGUCCCCUCCGCAUCAGCUGCGCCACCUCCUGGGUGCACCCCGACACCAGAGACCAGCACAUCAUAAUCGGCGCCGAGGAAGGCAUCUACACCCUCAACCUCAACGAGUUGCACGAGGCUACAAUGGAGCAGCUCUACCCACGGCGCUGCACCUGGCUCUACGUGUUCAACAAUGUGCUCAUGGCCAUAACCGGCAAGGCGGGCACGCUCUACUCGCACGCGCUCCUGGGCCUGUUUGAGCAGGCGCGGCGUGAGCAGAAGCUGCCCGACCGCAUCCUGCCAAGGAGGUUCAUGGUCUCCACCAAGAUCCCCAACAGCAAGGGAUGCUACCGGUGCUGUGUGGUGCGGAACCCGUACACGGGCUGCAAGUACCUGUGUGCGGCGCUACACACGGGCGUGCUGCUGCUGCUGCAGUGGUACGAGCCGCUCAUGAAGUUCAUGCUCAUCAAGCACGUGGAUGCGCCCCUACGCAGCCCGCUGGUGCUCUUCGAGAUGCUGGUGAUGCCGGAGCAGGAGUUCCCUCUGGCGUGCGUGGGGCUGGCGUCGAGCUCCCAGCCGGACCAGGUCGUCUCGUUCCACGCCAUCGACCUCAACACGGGCGCCUGCAGCCAAGCUGGGGGACACCCGCUGGAGGCCGUCUACGUGAACCAGCUGGAGAGGGACAGCGUGCUCGUGUGCUUUGACAAGAGCGUGAAGAUAGUGAAUCUUCAGGGCAAGUUGAAGUCCAGCAAGAAGCUGGCCUCUGAGCUGUUCUUCGACUUCCAGAUCGAGUCUAUCGUGUGCCUGCAGGACAGCGUGCUGGCAUUCUGGAAGCACGGCAUGCAGGGACGCAGCUUCCGAUCCAACGAGGUCACGCAGGAGAUCACGGACCGCUCGCGAGUCUUCCGGCUGCUCGGCUCCGAGAGGGUGGUGGUGCUGGAGAGCCGGCCCACGGACAACCCCUCCGUGCACAGCAACCUCUACAUCCUGGCGGGCCACGAGAACAGCUACUGACUUCGCCAACGUCACCCUGCUCAUCCAUGCCCUGCCCUCAUCAUCCAUGCACCCCAGCGAAUGGCACGCCCCGGUCCCCAUCCGGCGUGCCACCCAUGCCGAACUGUGGGGCGGAGGGCGAGUGGUCACCCGUCGGUACGAUGCUGCUGCCGAGACGGGCACGCAGCGCCCAAAUCUAAGCACGCCAGCUUAUUAAAGGCCCGAGCACAGCUCUGGAUCCACUCUGGCGAUUGGAAGACAGAUCUCCGGGUCCUUGCGAGUGACCUCUCAAAUGCGGGGGCAACCACGUGUUCCGCUGAGGUUCCUUACCGCCAAGAGAGGGAGGGGGUCCUCCUGCAGCAGACACUUUCUUGCUGUGGUUGCAGUCGUCACGCGUAUGCCGGGGUAUGUUAACUGCCGUGUAGCAACAUGGGACGUGGCCAACACAGCUGUGCUGCUGCUCUCUCAUGUUUACUGCCUCGCCCUGGCCAGGAUUUAACACACGGCUUGCCUGGCGCACGAUGCGCCGAGUUGUGGACGUGGCCUUGGCUCCGACGCAAUCCCUGCCAGCGACUCGGUGACCGGCCACGUUCUCUGCUUUUUCUUUUGUUCUGGCGACCAUCUCUGUAAGCUGUUCCCUCAAGAAUCCGCCACCGACGACAGGAACGGAACAAACCUGCGGAGCCUCGAGGGGCGGCUCCGCGUAGGCGGCGUGUUUUGCGGCUCCCCUGCGGAGAGCGGCGGGGUGGGGGAACGGAGGAGCCGUGCGAUGGGACUACGCACGCCUGCUUGUUGCUGCCGGUGUACUCGCCGCAAUAACUACGCGCUGUCUGCCGCACGAUGGGCGUUAAAGAUCCCACGACGUCAUUGGUAAAAGUAGGCCAUUGUGUACCGGCUUCAUUUGCUGAUUUUGAAAAAUUACUCGCAAUUGGAAUGUACGUAGUGAUUAUCCCCCCCCCCCCCAUCGCAAAAAAAAUAAACUUGGCAGGACCCUCCUGAAAAACAGUGGUGAGACUCAGCGAGGCAUUCCUCCGUUACAAAAUAGAUGCCCCGGUUCGAUGGCCAUGGUGGGGGUUUGUGCAUGUACAAGAUACAAUGAUUUGCCAGUAGUGCCAGCUACAGCGUCUGUGUACACACGCUAGCGUGUGUGCGUGUGUGUAUUCAAUGAACUGAGAGUCGGAGCUGCAUGCGUGCGCGUGAGAGGCUGUGCGUCUGGUCUUGCGUGCGUGUUUGCGUGAGGUCGCUCACCGCCGCAUUGCCACAGAGAUGCGUUUGCCACAAUAGCUGCCCAUCGAUCAAAACUCUAUGCAACUCCUCGUGGGCCUACCCAUCCCACCGUUUCAUUCAUAGCCACACCUGGAGCGCAAGUUUGAACGGCAUCGUCAACAUCACCGGCAUGCCCAUUUAGUUUACGUGAUGUUUCCGUUUACUUAUCGUACCACGAAAACCUUUAUAACGUAUUGGACGGCUACCCGAAAUUUCAUUCAUCAUCAUCAUCAUACAUAUCCGCCGUUAUCUCUACUCUGCUAGAAAACAUACCCAAGAUAACCUGACUAAAAAAUACCCGUGGACAACCACAACUAGAUUGGUUAGAGAGAGAGGGUGCUUGGGAACGCUAGGGACUUCAGACCUAUAUUUAAUUUUGAAAUGCGUAACAUGUACUGGUAUUAACUCUGAACGUGAGCGUGCACGCCUGUGCACGAACGUUACGCUCGGCCUCGUAAAGCUAAACACAGCUGGCUGUGUAAAUGCUAUCGGGGUUGACCGUUUACCCGCACAGACAACAGUUCACAUCCGAGCUGGGGUCACGACCCACAGGUGGGCCGUGGCCGUCAUCGCAGCACGGUUCUUCACGUGCUGUAUUAUUCCACCUCGUGCACUCAUUUGUUACAAAUAUGGGUUUCAUUUGUCGCAAAUGUGCGAGAAAGAUCGAGAGUGGUUUGCUGGAAGGAGACUUCCAAAUGCCGUAUAUAUAUUCUUGUCGGGCAUGCGGAGCCUUUGGGCCGCCCUUGUUGAGCACGCCGCUUGGGUCGUGAGCAGUGGCUGCCCUCGGGGAGCGAGCCCCACGUGUCCUAGAGGCGGCCGUGACUGCUGCCUUGUCAGCUGGUACUGCGUCGGCACAUCUCGUGGCUCGCGGUGGAGAUUGUCGAUAACGCAACAUGCUUGUGUUCUCAGGCACAUCAUAUGUCAAUGUGUUUAUUCAUAGUCACAGCCACCGAUGUAUUUGCGCGUUCCUGUAUAUACACGUAACGCUGUACUGUAUUGCGCAUAUAUGUACAACGUUUCGCAUUGUCAUCACGUACAUGGGCUUCAGGUAUGUCUUCACCAAAAAGGGUGAGGCUUAGGACUUGAAAUGAAAUGGCAUGCAUCGUUAAACGCUGUCCUUAACAAAAAAUGAUAAUUUCCCAGAGAAGCGACUGUCCCUUGUCAUCGUUACGGUUUGCUUGGUGCAGCUGUAAUUGACGAUGGCAAUGGACCACACCAUUGCGCUCUAACAAAUCACACUUUGGGGAGGAACUGAUCACAAAAGAGAUUUAGUGCCUGAGAAUCGAACUCUGCAUUUUUAAAGGUCGUGCGAGUAUGUGUGUUGUGACUCAGUUUUACCCUACAAGCAUGUAUUCACAUGAGCACUUUCACCAGUUCAUUUUCAUUUAUUUUACAUUGGAACAAAACAUUUCCCAGGAAAAGUCAUAAUAAUUUUCAAACCUGUCAAUCCACUGCUGGAUGAAGCAACCCAUGCCGUAUUAGCCAUGAGUAUUUUUGUUGACUAUACUUCACCAAGCUGGUCAGCACGGGUUGAGGGAUUUAUGUAAUAUAACAUUUUCCAAAUUUUACAUUGAAUGAGGUAUUUUUCCUCAAUUUUGACCACGGAUUUCUAUAUUUUGACAUUAACGUGCAAGUAGGCCAAUGGUAAAAAUGACGUGAGAAUGUGCUGUAACAACAUCACGCGUUUUCACUCUGGGGCAUACGGGCCGGUAUGCUAGCGUGCAUCAUCAUCGUUCAUUAGCAAAAUCUUGCUUUUUGUUUGUUCAACCCCAACAGAUGUCCGCAAGAAAUGUAACAAAAAAUUCCGGCAAUGUUUUCAGCAUUUUCAAACGAAACUCGGACACAUCCCGGUGCAAUUGUACUGAAUAAACGUCUGAAAUGCCCCA